UGUUGAUAGCGCGCACACAUAUAGCCAGCCGUUUGGCCGUACUGGCGCACAUUCCGCCGUAUUCCAUAUUCCGUAUUCCGUUCGCCGUGGAGCGUGCAGAGCGCUUUCAGUCGCUGAUUUGACCGCCAAACAAACGCAACGCAGCUCGGCAGGUUUUAAGUUUACAAUCAAAUCGAAAUCGCUGGUUCGCAACAACACAAACAAAAAAAAAAAAAUAAUAAAAAGGACAAAGCGCGCUCUCCGGUCCACGGAAGUCAACAACAACUACAGCAGCAGCAGCAGCAACAACAUUAGCCGCCAGUGGCAGCAACAAACAACCAACAAUAACAAAUAAAAGCAAUUACCUAAAUAGUUGGUUUGUUUUCCCUCUUUUUUUCCAAGUUCCAAUCCUGCAAAAUAGUUGACAUUUUUUUUUCGGUUAAAUAAUACGAAAGCAAGAAAACAAAGCAAAUAAUAAUAAAUUAUACAAAAACGAAUACCGCAAACAAAAAACAUAUUAAAAUACUUAUGGCAAACUUUUGAAUAACCGAAACAAAAGCAACUACAAAAAUUGCAAAGUAAAACGAACUUGCGCAGCAAAAAAGUUUGCCACUAAAAGGCAAUAGCAGUCAAGUGCAACAGCAACAACAGCAACAACACACAAAUAACAAAAACAACAAGAACCACAGGAAAAGGUAGUAGAACAACAACAGCAACUAGGGAGCCGCAACAAGAACAACAUGGGAAAAAAGAGCUCCAAGUUGAAACAGGAUACCAUUGAUCGCUUAACAACGGACACAUACUUCACAGAGAAAGAAAUACGUCAAUGGCACAAAGGAUUCCUGAAAGACUGUCCCAAUGGCCUGCUCACGGAGCAAGGCUUCAUCAAAAUCUACAAACAAUUCUUUCCACAAGGCGAUCCCAGUAAAUUCGCAUCGCUCGUCUUUCGUGUCUUCGAUGAGAACAAUGAUGGCUCCAUUGAGUUUGAGGAGUUCAUACGCGCCUUAUCCGUCACAUCGAAGGGCAACCUGGACGAAAAACUGCAGUGGGCCUUCCGUCUCUACGACGUGGACAACGAUGGUUACAUAACGCGGGAGGAGAUGUACAACAUAGUGGAUGCGAUCUACCAGAUGGUGGGACAGCAACCGCAAUCGGAGGACGAGAACACGCCGCAGAAACGAGUGGACAAGAUCUUCGAUCAGAUGGACAAAAAUCACGAUGGCAAAUUAACAUUAGAAGAAUUUCGUGAGGGUAGUAAAGCUGAUCCACGUAUAGUUCAGGCGUUAAGUUUAGGUGGUGGUUAAAUCGAUUAACAAUGGCCGAUUACCGAUAGCCGACCCAAUUCCAAUUCCACAAAAACCAAGCGCGCAAUAAACUGAAAUAAAAAGAAAUUGAUACUGCAAGUUGAUCGUAACCCGCUAAAAAAAAAAACAAAAAUUUAUGGAAGUUUGUGGGUGGGGGCGGGUUGGUACGGUGCCACGCCCCCUUCCGCUUCGUUUGCAUUCGCUUCUCCACUCUUCACUUUCUCUUCUCUCCACGCUUUUCUCAAUUCCCGAUUCUCGAUUUUUGAUUCUCAAUUCUCGAUUCUCCGCGCGUCGCUUGCGACACUGAAGAUGAUAAUAAUUUUUUGAUUGAUAUAUGGAUAAAGAAUAACUAACGAGAUGGAAAUCCAAACAAACCGAAAACCGAAAAGAAAA